AUGUCGACACAAGCGCCCGCGCCAACGGCCCCGCAGCAGCCACUCUCGGACCCGAACACAAUUCAGAUCCCAGAGUGGGACUCAAACGCAGUGCACACCUCGAAAGAUGGAGUUGCGACAACAUCACAACCUGGAGCUCAUCAUGGAGGGAAGGCAGUACUCCAAGAGAAGUUCAAUGCAGUCCUCCCAAGAUCGCGAUCAUAUUUCGGUCUCAAAAGACGCACCUUCCUGAUCGUCGUCGCUUGCGCAUUUCUUGCAUUGCUCGCUCUCAUUAUUGGUCUCGCUGUUGGUUUGACCAAGCAUUCAAAAGGUGGACAGAAUCUGCCACUCCCGACAAACAGCGAGCAGCAUGAAGGAGAUCUUACCUACUACGGUACUGGUCUAGGCUCUUGUGGCCUUACAUCCACUGACAGCGACAUGAUCGUUGCUGUCUCCCACUACGUCUUUGACGCUGCGUCAAGAAGUUCGGAUCCGAAUCAGAAUCCAUUGUGUGGUCUGAAGCUCAGAGCCUCGAGAUAUGAUGAACAAGUCGGAGAGAGGAGAAGCGUUGAUCUUAAGGUUGUUGAUCGCUGUGUGGGAUGUGCCGCUACGGACAUUGAUGUGUCUCCGGCUGCCUUCGACAAGCUUGCAGCUAGAGCCAGCGGCAGAGUCGACGUGACUUGGGCAUGGCUUUCUCCACAGGCCACUGCUUGAGCAGUCCAUCAUCUAGGAACCACGACCGCACAUGGGAUAUGGACGAGAACUGGUGAUCGACGAACGUUGAUGAAGACAUGAUUAAUUCGUUUCGCGCAUCGAAGUGCUCUUUUCUCUGCAGAACCAGCCUGCAACUCUAAUUUGAAGAAACAAACUCCGCAAUCAACUGAAUAUCGACACAGUUGCGAGGAGUAGUAACGUUCAUCCACCUGUACCAAAUGGCAGUAGCUCUGCCCCAUUCCAAUGCCUGAUCGCAGGCUAUUUAUCAAAGUCAGCAUCUCACAUCCCACAACUCUUAAGGAUCGGGGAACGAAACUCACCAUACCAAGCCACUCUCUGAGAAGCCCAAUCGACGAUUCCACCCUCGUUGACAAACACGCCCUUGGUACCCUGUUGACCAGAGAAGAUCUGCGCAAUCGAAGCAUUCGAGUACGACAGCAAGUU